AUGUUUGUCGGAUGGGAACAUGGAGAAGGCUAUAAUUUUCAGUCCCUGCAUCUCUGUGGAACCAUGACCUCCAUGAGACACGCCCACACCACUCUCUACACAUACCUGGAUGACCCCAUAGUGACAGUGCACCAGAGCAUCGGCGAGGCCAAAGAACAGUUCUACUAUGAGCGCACGGUCUUUCUGCGCUGCGUGGCAAACUCCAACCCUCCGGUGCGCUACAGCUGGCACCGCGGCCGCGAAGUCCUCACGCAGGGAUCGGACAAGGGCGUGGAAAUCUACGAGCCGUUCUUCACACAGGGGGAGACAAAGAUCCUGAAACUGAAGAACCUCCGGCCCCAGGACUACGCCAACUACAGCUGCAUCUCCUCAGUGCGCAACGUGUGCGGGAUCCCGGACCGCAGCGUCAUCUUCCGACUCACCAACAAGACCGCGUCUCCGUCCAUCAAGCUGUUGGUAGAAGACCCGAUCGUAGUAAACCCCGGGCAGACCGUGUCCCUGGUCUGCAUCACCACAGGAGGAGAGCCGCCCCCCCUGCUCACCUGGGUCACAGCCAACGACACCCUGCCCCAGCGGAGCCAGGUGAAGGGCGGGACUCUGACCCUGCCGGCCAUCAGCUCAGAGGAAGCAGGAGUCUACAGCUGUGUGGCCAGUAACAACGUGGGGAACCCAGCCAAGAAGUCAACCACCAUAGUCGUCAGAUUUUUUGUUCGGUAA